GACUGAUGCCACUGUUUCUAAGAAGCAAACUGCAUUGCGUCCUCCACAAUCAGAGACUUUUUUGUUUGAAUUAAGGGAGCUUGUUCAGUCGAAUUUUUAUUUCUUUUCAGAUGUUGAAGGGAUUGGGACACUAUGUGGCUCAUCGUGCUUUACGGCGGUUAAGUGCAUUUAAUUGAGGUUUUGCUCGUAAUUUGUGAUAAAAUUGAAGUGAGGUCGGCCAUGCUCCUUCGACGUGCACAUCAAUGGGCUCCCAUUGCGGUCGAAGGGAGUUCUUUCGGUGUGCUACGGGUUGCAGACAGAUCUCCGCUGCCACUGGUUCCUUUGCUCAGAAGAGGGGAGGAUUGAGCGACGAAAACAAGGAUGGCGAAGCUGACCCUGAUGGAAAGCCUAUUAGAGGAAAGCGGGAGAUCAUCAGCGAUGAUGAGAUUGCUCAAACACCCUUCAUAUACAACUUUUCUGGUGUAGAACCCGACUACAAAGCUUGUCGCUUGUCAGAACCUGUGAAAGAAAGAAUCUGGAGAUCUUACCGUGACAAUCCGGAGCCUGUGACGAUUGACAGACUAGCGAAAGAGUAUCGGAUACGCAAGCAGCGCGUGCAUGCAAUUGUAUGGCUUGUAGACAUUGAAAAGCAGGAGGAAGCAACUCAAGGGAGUCCCUUGGACAAAGAUAUUGAAGAAUACUUUGAGAGAAUAGAUGGUACUUUUGAGGCUGCUGAUGGUGAGCGCCACGUUAAAAUUAGACGCACUUGUCCUGUGGUGAAGAAUUUGGCUGCAGAAGAUGACGAGGGGCCGGAUUGGGACGAGCUAUCGGCAAAAGAAGUUGAGAUGAUGCUCUAUGAGUUUGAGAGACGAAUGUCUUUUAACAAAAAGCAGAUUGCUGGCAUGAUAAAUACGGACAUUAUUAGCAGAAGAAGACCCUCUGUUGGAUGGAGUUAUCUUGUGGAAGAGUUGGGUGAACAGGGCAAAAGGGGGAAAAGGGGUGGUAAGCGAUUUGUUUCGGAACCUGAUGGAACUCGAAGAGGACUAAACGAACUCGAGAAAGAAUUUCUGAAGAGGGAGAGCUUGAUACCUAGAAGAAAGAUGACAGCAAGAUAAUCUGCUUCACUUCACACGGUACAUCUACAUUAAAGUAGAAUAUUGUGACAUCUUUUAAUGCAUUCUUAAUAGACAACUUAGCAAUUCAUGAGGGAAGAACUUGUCACCGGCUCUUUACCAUUCACGUUCUGGUUCUAGUAUGGGAUUUUUAAACGAAGGUUUGCAUGUCCUUCCAGACCAUCACAUCAAUAGGUAUAGCGUGUUAGUAUUAAAUUUAUGGUCAUUGAGUUGUUGAACUACAUACUAGUUAUUACAAGCCUAGACUCAUGGCUCAUCCAAGUUGAGAAGUAGUGAUAUUCCGUUGGAGAUUUCACAGUCGCUUUCAAACGAUUGUUGAAGCGAACAUGAAAGUAAAACCCAUUAGUGUUUAGAGUCAACUACUUAUCUGGAACUCUUCAAUAAAAAGUUCCUUCUCAAAUACUUGUCAGGUCGUGUGAUCGUGUGGACGUAUGGAUUCAAUAUUAAUUCAGUUGGUGGAAAUUUUCAGAAGAUGAA